UUCAGGUGCACCUCAAAGCAGGAGCUCUGACCACCCUCUCAUCUGACAACUGACUGCUGCUGCCACCUUCAGCCUUUGUCCCCUGCCCAGGCCUGUCACCGUGCCGCCUCUCAGCAGGGGCAGCAGAAUGAAAGAAGGCAUGUCCAACAACAGCACCACCAGCAUCUCCCAGGCCAGGAAAGCUGUGGAGCAGCUGAAGAUGGAAGCAUGUAUGGACAGGGUAAAGGUCUCCCAGGCAGCUGCGGACCUCCUGGCAUACUGUGAGGCCCACGUCCGGGAAGACCCUCUCAUCAUCCCAGUGCCUGCAUCAGAAAACCCCUUUCGAGAGAAGAAGUUCUUUUGUACCAUUCUCUAACUCCGUUUGUGAUGAAAAUGUCUCCUUUUCUGUCCACAGAAAUCCCUUGUAGAGACAGUGCAUGCUUAGCCUUGGGGAGUGCCACCCCACACCCGCCCCUGCCCAACCCCUCAUAGAUGGGGCUUGUCUUGUUUUUGUCUGUGUUUUCUCUGUGGCUUUCCGUUUCUUUUCUUUUUUUUCAUUUUCAUGUUAUUUUCAUUAUUGGCAAAGAAAACAGACAUGUUCAUAGCCAAAUAACAAGUGUGCCAUGUAAAACUAAUAUGGAGUUAAGGGUUUAAGAAUUUAAAUAUCAAUUCUCAAGCUGAAAUACAUUAGUACAUUUCAGAGAAUAAGUUGUUGAAAAUAAAAACUGUACCCAAAUA